AUGGAUGAUGUUAGCUUUGAAAGCACCACUGCUCCUAAGUGGGUGCCUUAUGGUGAAAGCAACCGAGAGUGCCCAUUGCCAGUUGGCCUGUUUAAUGGCUUUUAUCCCCGUUUCCUCUUAGACAACUGCAGUGACUUGAACUCAGAACUGCAGAGGGUGCUGACGGGUCUGGAGAGUGUUGUUUGCGGCAGAAAGAAGAGCAGCUGUAGCCUUUCUGUGGCCGAGGUGGACAGACACAUUGAGCAGCUCACAACUGCCAGCGAGCACUGUGACUUGGCCAUUAAGACAGUUGAGGAGAUCGAGGGAGUUCUUGGUCGGGAUCUGUAUCCCAGCCUGGCUGAGGAGCGGUCCCGGUGGGAGAAAGAGCUGGCUGGAUUGCGGGAAGAGAAUGAAAGCCUGACCGCCAUGCUGUGCAGCAAAGAGGAGGAGCUGAACCGGACCAAGGCCACUAUGAACGCCAUCCGAGAGGAGCGGGACAGGCUUCGGAGGCGGGUCCGAGAGCUUCAAACUCGGCUGCAGAGUGUGCAGGCGACUGGACCUUCUAGCCCAGGUCGCCUCACCCCUGCCAAUCGCCCAAUUAACCCCAGCACUGGAGAGCUAAGCACCAGCAGUAGCAGCAAUGACAUCCCCAUCGCUAAGAUUGCUGAAAGAGUGAAACUAUCAAAGACAAGAUCAGAAUCCUCGUCGUCUGAUAGGCCAGUCCUGGGCUCAGAAAUCAGUAGCAUUGGGGUUUCCAGCAGUGUGGCAGAACACCUGGCCCACUCCCUCCAGGACUGCUCCAAUAUCCAGGAAAUUUUCCAAACCCUCUAUUCACAUGGAUCUGCCAUCUCUGAAAGCAAGAUUAGAGAGUUUGAGGUGGAAACGGAACGAUUAAAUAGUCGUAUUGAACACCUCAAAUCCCAAAAUGAUCUUCUCACCAUAACCUUGGAGGAAUGUAAAAGCAACGCCGAGAGGAUGAGCAUGCUGGUGGGGAAGUAUGAAUCCAAUGCUACAGCCCUGAGGCUGGCCUUGCAGUACAGUGAACAGUGCAUAGAAGCCUAUGAACUCCUGCUGGCCCUGGCCGAGAGCGAGCAGAGCCUCAUCCUGGGGCAAUUCCGGGCAGCUGGUGUGGGCUCCUCCCCCGGAGACCAAUCAGGGGAUGAGAAUAUCACUCAGAUGCUCAAGCGGGCUCACGACUGCCGGAAGACUGCUGAGAACGCCGCCAAAAGCCCUGCUCAUGAAAACUGGACGGCAGCUGCGGGGGAAGCCUUCGCAGUGGCUGGCUGCAGCGUGCAACCCUGGGAGAGCCUGUCCUCCAACAGUCAUACCAGCACAACCAGCUCUACAGCCAGCAGCUGUGACACAGAGUUCACUAAAGAAGACGAGCAAAGGCUGAAGGAUUACAUCCAGCAGCUCAAGAAUGACAGAGCUGCAGUCAAGCUGACCAUGUUGGAGCUGGAAAGCAUCCACAUCGACCCACUCAGCUAUGAUGUCAAGCCAAGAGGCGACAGCCAGAGGCUGGACCUGGAGAAUGCGGUGCUGAUGCAGGAACUGAUGGCCAUGAAGGAGGAGAUGGCUGAGCUGAAGGCCCAGCUCUAUCUUCUGGAGAAAGAGAAGAAAGCCCUGGAGCUGAAGCUGAGCACGAGGGAAGCGCAGGAGCAGCGGCUAUCUGUACACAUUGAGCACCUCAAGUCCGAAGUGGAGGAACAGAAGGAGCAGAGGAUGCGGUCUCUGAGCUCCACCAGCAGCAGCGGCAAGGAGAAGCCUGGCAAGGUAGGGACCGGAUGA